CGCCAUAUUGGAGUCUGUUUCCCUGGAGCUCGAGUGGGUUUGUACCGGAGUGAACCGGGAGUGGGAUCGGAGCGGAGCUGGGGAUGAGCUGUGCCGAGGAGAAACAAGUUGCCGCCCGGCGGAAGAAGAACAAACGGGGAGCGGCGAACGGCGCCGUGGUCCCGGGAGAGAGCCGCAGUCCCAGUCCGGCGGAGGAGGUGCUGAGGCCGCUGCAGAGCGAGCAACCGCGAACGGGGAUGGAGCCGGAGCCUGGCCCAGGCCCAGGCUCAGGCUGGAGCGGGGAGCAGCCAACCCUUACUGUCCACCAGCCAGCAAAGGACUGUUGUUUGUUGUGCCAUCAUGAACGCAAGGACUGGGGAACUCAACAGAAUGGGAUUGUAGAUCUAAAGAAGUUGGCACUUUCACUACCUGCAUUAACUCAUGGUGGUCUUGAACGGGUGCCUCUCUGGAUAUGCCAAGCAUGUCAAAGACGAGUAGAGGAGGAGCAGCAGCGGGCUAUCUGUGAACAGACCCUAAUGGUGGGACAAGAUGAAUGUCAGACGCAUAAAGAAGGAGUGGCUGAUGACUCAGUGAGAACAAUGGCAGAAGGGGAUGGCAUUGCCAAUCCGCACAGAUCAACAGAAAAAAGUCACCAUUCGACAGUCCACUGCUGCCACCAGGUGCACAGGCAGACAUUAUCAUCCAGUAAUACUCAUCAACAGCUGCAGCAACUUCAGCCAUGCACAGCCACUCCUAAUGGCACAUGUACAAAGGAAUCGAGCAAUGUAACUAGUGACUGCUGCUCAAGAUCGCCCUCCUGUGUCUCUGUAAAAACCAAUUCUGUUCAAUGUAAGAACGUGUCCAGAAGGCCAACGCCACCAGGUGGAGAGUUCCAUUGCUCUGAAGACCACAGGUAUUCUGUCUUAGCGGCACCACCCAACAGUCCCACUGGCUUGUCCUCCCAUCAGCAUCCUCUUACAGCGUCAAAGUCUCCUCAAGUUAUUACUGAGCCAACGGUUUCCAUUCAUCAACAUGAACAUGCAACUUCUACAAUGUCGUGUACCGUGCCCCAUAGCACUGUAACCUCCACUGAUUCUAAUCGGAGAUCAUCCAUGAUAUCUGGUAUUCCACAGGUUCUGCCUCAUGUCCCCCUGACUUCUACAGUUGCUGUGACAACUGCUGCAUCUCCGGAUGUGUCUUUGAUUUCAAAAACUUCAGCUGCUGCUUCUACAGGUGUGCUUGUGACCCCAGUGCCUCCAAGUGCUAACCCUCAUAUUUCUAACAGUGGGUUAUCUUCUUUCCCGAAGUCUACAACAGCUGGCCCUAUUUGCGCUAGUCACUACAAUGGAGCUUGCCCAGUAACAGCAUCACCAAACCCAGCUGCUCCAGGCAGUGGCAUCUGCAGGGACCAAUCAUGUAAGAGUCAUCUGUGCACAAAUGAAACUGCCUACAGCCCCACACAGAUGCACAAUGCAGAUGAAAGUCUGGAAGAAGAUGAUAGCUGUUCCGAGCACAGUUCGUGUACAUCUCACACUGCCAAUCAGAAGGAAGGAAAAUACUGUGAUUGUUGCUAUUGCGAGUUCUUUGGUCAUGGACCGCCUCCUGCAGCUCCAACAAGUAGAAAUUACACAGAAAUCCGGGAGAAGCUAAGGACGCGGCUGACGAAACGCAAAGAGGAACUCCCGCAAAAAUCAAGCAAUGGCUCGAUCCGGGAACCACCAGUAGAUGACAGGAAUGUUGAAGAUCUGUUAAACUACAUCAACAGUUCAGAACAGAAACCAGUCAACAGUGCCAAAGCAGCCAAAAGAGCAAGGCACAAGCAGAAAAAGCAGGAGAAAGCCCGUUCUGAGGUUUGUGACCAAAGAUCAGAGAAACCAUGUCCAUCUACAAUGCAUAUACAGGGUCUGGAAAAGGUUUCUGCACUAAAUCAACACAUCCAAGAGGGGAUAGAAGAAAAAGUCUUGAUAUUCAACCAGCAUGUCCAAGAGGAUAUAGAGGACAAAGUUUCAAAGCUCAACCAGCAUAUUCAAGACGAUAUAGAAGAGAAACUAAAUCAACAAGAGUUAUGGCAUCAGGUGGAGUUGCAGAGAGUGAGCAGCAUCUUAACGACCAGAUUGGAACAGCUUAAAGAUCGAAUCAGAGAUUCCAUCAAAGCAAACUUCAGCCUAUGUGAUCUGCCCAAGGAUGACUUUCCAGAACUGACAUCUGUGGAAAAGGGUUUACUGAUAGACAGCAAUGGCAUCAUGGAUAAAGAAGAGACAAAAAUAUUAGACCAUCAGAAACUCAAUUUGAACUUGUCCUUAACAACAUCGGGAGUUGUGCAGAAUCACUUGUUGAAUGGAAAUAAACAUGCGGUCGUCACAAAUCGAGAGCACAAUGGCUCUGAUAUGGUUUUGUUGGAAAACUCAUUGGGAAAGAAAUCAAAGGGUGGCUGUUCAUUAUCUUCAAAGCCUGAUAAUAUUUCCACACACCGACUAGAAGAUGCUGGUGCAGUGGUACUGCAUAAACCAGCUGCAGAGUCAAAAAUGGCACAGCAGAUGUCAAGAAAUGGGAAACAACCAAGACAGCCUAAGCAACAGACUUCUGAGGAGACCAAGGGCAAAAAUGUGGUUUCAAGAAAAGAUCAUGAACACUCCACAGCGCCAAAGGUGCAGAGUUCCAAACAGCAUGCAGUUCCUGCCAAACACAAGACAAACCAGAAUCAUGAUGGCAAGCCAGCAGAGGCAUCAAAAACCAUGACUGCCAAAUGUGAUGACUCCAAGCAAAGCAAGUGGAAAGGAGUUGGUAUUCUUUGCAGCUCUGAAACUAGUGAAGACAAGAAAGGUAAUCCUAAAUAUUCAAAUAAUGAGAAGGUGGAAGGAUCUGAAACUAGAGGAGUCAAAGAAGAGCAACAAACGACAACUGACGUCUCUCAGCCAAAAAGUAAGAACAAGAAAGGAAAAAAGAAAAAACACGACAAGUCCAACAAUUGCGUCGUUCAGAGAACUGAUGAAUAUUCUGAAGGGCAAGACUGUAUGCUGACAUCCUCUGACACUCCAAAGCCCAAACAAAGCGAUGAUGUGUUUCUUCCCAAGGACAUAGAUCUUGAUAGCGUGGAAAUGGAUGAAACAGACCGUGAAGUGGAACAUUUUAAGAGGUUUUGUCUUGAUUCUGCCAAGCAGACUAGGCCAAAGGUCUCGGUAAAUUGGUCUAACUUCAGUCUGAAAAAGGGUCCAAGUACAGCUCAUUGAAGAUUGCACCACACCUUUGCCUGAAGAAAACUGGAAUUAUCCUGCAGUUAACACAUUCCUUAUUUUAAUGAGUAUUGGCCUGUCCUCCCCAACUCAAAGCAAUUUGCUGUGAUCUGUAAACAACAUGCUGUGAUCCACAACCAGUGCCUUAACCAGAAGAAGUGCACAUUUCUAACUGGGUGGCACAAUUAUUUCUUGGGUUGGUUUGUUGUGCUUUAUGGUCAUUGUGAGAAAUUAUUUGUCAAUAGUGUUGACAACAGUGGAGCAAUUCUGAAUUUCAGUAGAAACAAUAAUACAAUUUUAUAGAUGGACAAUUGAUUUUUCUUAAAUGUUUUUUCUCUUGGUUGGGUGGGGGGCAAACGAGAGAUGAAAUAUAGGGUUGGGUAUUAUUUCUGUCAAAGCUGAGACAAGGCAAACAAAUUUUGUGGCACUUAUCAAAAGGAUUAAACUUAUCUCUUGUACAUGCGGACUGUUAUUAAACUGACUUUUAAAGGAUCUUGUACUCUUAAUUAUAAGCAAAACAAGCAAGUAUAAAGAUCAAAUAAAAUAUUUCACUACUCAAAUUUUGCACUGCCAUGAGUGAAGCUUUACCUCUCAUCCUGUGACAAGGACAGUAUCCAGUAAAUGCUGUCUUGGAAAUAUUCUGUGGGAAGCGAAAUAAAGGUGUCUAUAAACAUAGUUGUCACCUACUCCAUGGUAAACGAUGCAGCAAAAAUAACAAUUCAUGUCUUUGGCUUUUCUGUAAUAAACUGAGAGAAUAAGUAAUGUGCUUUUUUGAUAUCACAGAUUAUCUUCCCACAAGUCUGAGAUGUUUGUAUAACAUUUGUAGAACUCAAAGUAAAUCGAUGGUAAACUAAGUUUCUCUUAUUACUUUCAAAACUGACAUCUAGGUUAGAGUGUACAGCCUGUUUUCCUGAAUAAGUAUAUAAACAAGUCUGUAAAACUUCUGAGUUGAAUCUUGGUUGUGGAACAAUAAAAUUUGCUGUAGUCCCCAUUAAAACAAACAACUCAAGAUAACUUUGAUGGAAAAUACCCUUCCUUUUUUUGUCUUUCAAUAUAUUACCCAGCUGUAUCGAUGACAGCAGUUAAUUGAGAACCCACAUAGCGUUCUAUAAGGAAAUGUGUCGUGAGGCUAAUAGCAUUGUAGUUAAUUGUGCAAAGUGCUCAUUAUUAGUUGGUGUUAUAUAGUUAAAUUGGAAGCCUUACUUCAGCUUUUAUCUCUAUUUAAAAGCCCUCUUUCUUCCUAAUAGCAAUACCAAAUUCAGAAGUGCUAGUCCCCCGAUUAUAAUGGUUUGAAAAAAAAUUUGGCAAAGGACCAACAUGGGCCGUCAGUCUAUUUGGAGCACAAAUUUCUGAUCAUUGUUAUCUGUUGCAUUGAAAACCAGCAAUACUCAUAAGUAACUUUGGUUUUGGCCUAAAAGUCCAAUGUACCAAUGGGGUUGCAAAUUAUGAGAAAGUAUGGAAGUGAAAUGUGAAGUCUUUCGAAGAAGUAUUUGCAUUUACCAUUUUCGAUUACAGCGUGGGAGUAAUAUAACGUAUCGUACCUAAUGGAACCAUCCACUCGGGUGAACUGCAGUGCUGUUCUCACACAGCAGAUUAAUUAGACAGUGAUCAGACACUUUGAUUAGAAACCCGUUUAAACUAUAUUAAGCCCAAGUGCUGAGUUUGUCUGUCAACAAUUGAGCACACUUAAUCUAAUUUUGAAUGUUUCUAUGCUAAAAUUAAUUUGAAAUUUAAUUCUUAUUUUUAAAAACUAAUCCAAUUUCUUGAAUUGCUGCCACAUCCUAUCCAAGAAUCCUAGGGCUACACAGUGGUUAGCACUGCUGCCUCACGGUGCCAGGGAUCUGGAUUGAUUUCUCUCUGUGUGGAGUUUUCACAUUUCUCCACGUGUUUUGUGUGGGUUUACUCUGGAUGCUCCAGUUCCCUCCCACAGUCAAAGGUGUGCAGGUUUAGAUGGAUUGGCCAUGCUAAAUUGGCCACAGUGACCAGAGAUGUGCAGGCUAGGAGGAUUGCCCUUCGGAAAU